CACACAAGUUGAAUGGAUAAGAAAAAUCUGAGAAUCCUUUCAUCGCAUGCAGUUGGUCUCUUUUGGCUUGAAAUGAACCUGCUACCUCAAAGAAAUACUGCUUCCAGAAUUGUACAAGAACAUGCUAAUUUAUUAUGUCCCAACUUCUCCAUUCCUUCUCAAUAAAAUCCCACCACAACUUGAAAAAAUCAACAUCGCCAACAAGAUUAACAAUGCCAAUGGUAUUAGCAUCAGAAGCACUUCCCAAGCCACCACCAGCAGCAGCAGCAGCAGCAGAAGCACUUCCCAAGCCACCAGCAGCAGCAGCAGAAGAAGCAGAAGCAGAAGCAGAAGCUUUCUCUUAGCAACUGCAGGGUUUCUUGCAGCUGCUGCAGUUUUAGCUUCCGCCGGUGCAGUUGAGUCUCCUGAGCAAUCUGAGACUCUAGAAAAUAUUCCCCAGACACUGUCUGGAGAGUGUGCUUUGCCCAAGGAUUGCAAGAAACCGAGGAUUCAAAGACCAAAGUCGAGAAAGGCAGAGUCUUGCACAAUUAAGUGCGUCACCACCUGCAUUAGAGGUGGUGAGGGCUCACCUGGUGAAGGCCCCUUCAAUGUCAGGAGGCCUAUAGUUGUUUUCAAGCAAGGAUUUAGAAGCCGGCAAUAUUGUUUGGUGGAGUGCUCAGAUAUUUGCAAUUUAAUUAAAGAUGGUGACGACGGGCCUUAAAUUUAGUUUUCGAAAACCAGAAAACUGUAUAGCUUUCAGUUUCAUUCCUUGUCAAGGAAGAAAGGAAAAAUUCUU